AGAUCAUUUUUGCGCUGCUGUCGUUUCACCAUCAAUGGAUUCAGAUAACUUGCUGAUGCUUGCUGAUGUGGCUAAAUUGGAUAAUGAGGAAAGACCUCUUAAUUGCGAAGUUGAUUCGACAACGAACGUAUACACAUCGAAUACAAAUGCUUUUGAUCAUUGCUACUUUUCGUCGAGUGACUUCGACCGUUUUGUUAACCCAACGCACGACUAUUACCGCCGCAUUGGUCUAGGGGAUUUUCGUGAUCAAGAACAUUCUUAUGCAUUUCAGAUUCCAAUCACGCAAACCUCUGGCCAAGAAUUACAAUCUACACCGGAAACUGAUGAUCUGUUAGACUUUCAUGCCUUGCAUAUGAACGGCAUUACACUUCACCCAUACAAGUGCUGUUGGGGAGUAUGUGAAUUGGAAUUUGGAAACAUUGAGGAGUUGCAGCGCCAUGCAGAGAGUCACGUGGAUUUGAAGUGCAGGAGAUGCGAGUGGCGAGAAUGCAAUAAAUACACGGACUGCUAUGCGCACAGAUAUCUUCUCAUACGACACUUGCGUUCACAUACAGGGUCUACUCCAUAUGCUUGCGAACAGUGCGGUGCCCGUUUUUCUACGCGCGAAAGAAUACGACUUCACGUCCGUGCUGUUCAUGCUCCCGAAGUAAAAUACAAAUGCGAAAUUUGUGACAGGUUCUACAAGACAACUUCGGAACGGCGUCAUCAUAUGGUCCGGACCCACAUGUUGGAGCGGCUCAGUUGUCAAUAUUGCGGUGGAUUAUACGCUGGGUCUACUGUUCUAAAGCGCCAUCUAAAAAAAAGUCUACCUUCGUUGAGAGCUCAUGUUACAUCCGAGCUGCUGUCUAAUAGUUGUGUGCCAAUCGUAAAGUCUUUUUUUAGUGGAGCUGUGAAGAUUUUCAAUAAUGUGUGA